GUGCUUCCAACGCGCCGUGAACAUGCCCCUCCUCCACCUAUACCCGCCAAAGAAGUUACCAAGAUAGCACUCCGCCUUAAGCACCAACUUGAACAAGUUAUACCCUGCGAGAUGGAGGAGGAACAGAUCACAAAACCUCACAGUCCAAUUCUUACAGACGCCGUCAUCGAAACCGCGAAGCAGGCCGGUGGUGAAGAGCAUAAGGCCUGUACCGUGUACUGCUUGCUUGUAGUCAUGAAGUGGUUCAAAAGACAAGCUAUUACCGAGCUCUGGGAUGCGGAACUGCAUAAUGUGCGCGCCGUGGCCGCUGAGAUACUCGCGAAACGCAUAAUCGAAGCAGAAGAGGACAUCGACUACUUACUGGGGGAGGUCCUGCUCAAGCGGUACUCAAUCCUCGUCAACGGGGAGGCUACGGUGCCGACCAAUGUGAUUGAGCUUUCCGUUGACCUGCAUGCUCUCACCGUUAUCGGGUCCUCCGGCUACCAAAAAUGCAUCUCGUACCUCUGGCGUGGCUGGCUUGUACAGGAUGACGACGACCCCUCACGCUUUGUCGACUACGAGAACAAGACCAAUACCAACUACUGGGCGCACUUGGAUCCUGAUCGUAUGCGCGUACCGCUGUACCAGAACGCAGUGCAAAUUGCCAUGUCUGUCAUUUACCUUGCCCUGUUCACAGGCGCGAUAAACACCAUCAACCCAUCUGGCGACCUUGACGUUGUUGAAGGCCUACUUUACAUCUUCACCUUCGGGUUUGUCUGCGACGAGAUUGCCAAAUUCUGGAAGGUUGGUCGCUUCUAUCUCGGUUUCUGGAAUGUUUUCAACUCAACUCUUUACGCCUUACUUACAAUAUCCUUCGUGUUACGCCUGGUCGCCCUAGUCCAUCCGGCACAGUCUGGACAACGCGCGCAUUUCAACGAACUUAGCUACCACUUUCUUGCCUUCACUGCCCCAAUGUUCUGGAUGCGCCUGCUCCUGUAUCUGGACACAUUCCGAUUCUUCGGUGCCAUGUUCGUCGUCCUGAAGGUUAUGAUGAGAGAAUCGUUCAUAUUCUUUGCGCUCCUCUUCGUCGUCCUCAUUGGCUUUUUGCAGGCCUUUGUAGGCUUGGAUCUUUCGGACUCGAGUCUCGAAUCAUCUGGAUUCGUUGUUCAAGCAAUGUUGAACGCUGUCAUGCAGAGUCCCGAUUUCGGUGGCUUUGACAACUUUGCCCCGCCAUUCGGCAUAGUACUCUACUAUAUUUUCACCUUUGUGGUCAUGGUCAUACUUCUCAAUAUACUCAUCGCCCUGUACAACUCCGCCUACGAAGACAUCACGGAGAACGCCAUCGACGAAUACAUGGCCCUGUUCUCGCAAAGAACUAUGCAAUUCGUUCGCGCUCCAGAUGAGAAUGUCUUCAUUGCGCCUCUCAACCUUAUUGAGCUCUUCUUCUUGGUCUUACCAUUCGAAUGGUGGCUCCCCAAGGCCAAAUACGAACGCCUCAACGACAUCGUCAUGGGCAUCAUUUAUUCUCCACUCCUGGUCAUCACAGCCUUCCUGGAGACCCGCCAAGCGCACAAAGUCUCGUAUAAUCGGCGCAGAGGAGAAGAUGACGACGAUGUCGUGGAGGAGUGGGAGCAGGUGCUUCAUGAGUGCGACUUCGAGGCCGACGGUUGGAAUAAGAAGGUACAGGCGACGAAGCCGAAUGUACAGUUCGAUACGGCAGUGUUGGAGAUCAGAAAAUUGCAAGAGGAAGUUAAUUUGCUGAAGGAGGCGCUGAUCGAGCUCAAAGAUAAGGCGAGUUGGGGCAGUGAUACUUUGAAAGAGAGCAAGAUGGAUGACAAGCUAGGUGCGAGUAGUGAGAGCGUGCAGCGCGAUGAGUAA